AUGAUAUACAUUUCUUCGGAGAAGGUGUCUGAAGAGGAAUACACGCACUGUUUCCUACAGAAUCCUCACUUAGUCGGUUCAUGCAACAAUAAUACCCAAGAUGUGACCAUAACAGUCGUUUUCCGGCAGUUCACUCCGACACCUGGUGGAAUGGAAUUCGAACCUGGCAAGACGUAUCAUUUCAUCACGACAUCCGAUGGUACUCUGACCGGUAUUGAUCGUAGGAAAGAUGGGUUAUGCACAGAUAGGCAAAUGAAAAUCAAAUUUGAGGUUGAACUUCCCAAACACGAGAUCCAAAAAGUGAACCCGAAAUUUGCUGCUCGGACAUCUCAAAGAGAAGUCACGGCAGAGUCAUCCACUCCUAUUAUGUACAUAAUUCAUGUAGAUGGUGAAGAUACCGAUGAGCUAGACGAUGGUGAAGAUACCGAUGAGCUAGACGAUGAUCAAGCCACGACUGCAUUUUCAUCAGCGUUGCCUAUUCUUCUAUCGCUGUGCCUAUUCUACCUCAUCUAA